GUGGAGAACCAGAGCAGCGGGAAAAGCAAAGCGUUCAUCAUCCCUGCCCUCCCCGGAGAGUUUUUCUUUAAUCUGAAAACAUGAAUAGUGGUGAACGCUUUGUGCAGACAUUGCGUAAAGCUGGUUACCCCAAAGCCCCUCAACUUGAUGGAGAAGAUUUUGAUUGGCUAUUUGAAACCACCAACGCCAAACCAUUUUUAGACUGGUUCUGUGCAAGUAUUACCGAGCAGAAUGUUGUCCCCGAUGAGAAACUACAAGCAUUUAAAGAGUUAAAGGAGUCAGGCAAAGCCAUUUUAGAUGAGAAAGGUGUGAGUGAGGUUUUGAAGACCUGUAAUCCAACCAACACAAAAAUGGCUACCAUGGAAGACGUUGCAAUAGAGAAGCUAGAGGAAGAAGUUGAGUCUUUGCAGAAACUCAAAAAUGUACGCAUCCAUCGACGCAAUAAGUUGCAAAUGGUUGCUUCUGGAAAUAGUCAACUAUCAAUGAAGUUACAAAAUUUAGAGGAGGAGGAUGCUAAAAAGUUGAAGGAAAUACUGAGGGCUUUAGAGGGCACAAACAAGAGGUUGAAUAAUGAACUUAGUUCUAUUGUACAAGGUGUCCGUGAGUUAAUGUCUUUCUUUACCAUUCCUGAAGAAGGCUGUGAGAUGUCUUCACCGACAUUUCUAUUCCAAAUUCUCCUAGAUAAGUAUCUGUCUAGUGAAGAACAGCACACGGCUGCAAUAACAUCAUUUAUUAAAGAACAUUUUGAUGAAGGCUUCUGGAUGUGUAUGCAAGACUCAGAUGGGAACGUUCAGCACCUUCCUCAGGGUUCUGAAAAGACUUCUGAGCACACUGUUGAUGAGAAAAACAUGGAGACAUUGAAGCUUCAGUUGGCCUAUACUGGAGCAAAACACAAACUAAUUCAAUCAAAGGCUAAAGGGGCAAGUUUUAAGGCUGGCCUGAAGUGGGCUGAGGGUCAUGCUUCUUCUUUUCAGAACAAGGUAGUAAACCAAGAGAACCUGCAGGCGAGAAUUUCAAGUUUAAACAGCGAAAUAACACAAUUUCAAACCCAGAUUGAUGCUAUUAAACAGGAUCGUGUUCUAGAGUUGGUUAAGCAGAAUGCCCAGCUGUUAAACAUGCCUAUUCUGAAAGGAAACUACGACCAACAGCUUGCCCAUCACCGAGGCUACUCCAAGAAACAGGACAUUGUGGGAAAUCAUUUGCUGAAACAAAAAGCUUCUUUUGAGUUUCUUCAGCUGGGUUAUGAAUUGGAAUUAAAGAAACACCGCAAGGUUUAUCUGCAGCUUACAGGCAUAACUGAAAAUUUAAAGGAAAGCGCUAAUAAACUGGACGAGAGACUUUUGAUGAUGUCUGAUCUCAAUGUAUUAUCCUCCUCUAAACCGAGAAGUAACCUUGAUUCCAAAGACUCUGCUUCGCACAGAUUAUACCAGCUUCUGGACGGAGAUCAGACACAGAAAUUGUUCAGAACAUACAGUGGAUUAGAGUCUGUGGCUCAGAAAUUAAACCAGGAUGUCACUACCCUGAAAGAUCAGCUGUCUGUUGUUGAGCGGGAACAAGCUCUCUUUCUGUCCAAGCUUGAUGCUAAUUUGAAAUCUUUACAGGAUUUUAUGUAUCCUGAAGGAAAGGAACUCUUGUUGAACACGCCGGAGGUGGCAAAUCACUUUCAGCAGUUAGAUUCUCAGCUGGACAGGUUGAACCAUGUUUUGCUUGAAGUGCUUGAAGACCUGAAAGUAAAGAGGAAGAUUUUACAGUCCAAUAAAAUGCACCAAAUGGAAAAACAACUUUACGUGCAUUUUUUCCAAAAUGAAGGACAGUUAAAGAGUAUAGUGGAAUCUGUGGAGUCCCAGACACACGUUCAUUCAUCUACAUGAGACACUUCUGUGUUUACAUCUGGAACUUUUUUUUUUUUAUAUAUUGCUUUUGUCUUAAUCCAUAGAAAUGUUGGAAAAUGCCACGGAGGUCGUAGUUUAUUUUACCACUCUUUCAAAUAAGGAAAUGUGAACUCUGUAGGCGGUGUUUUGUAUAAGUGUAACUUUUAUUUGAAAGUCUACUUGUGCAUGGUAUGGCUAAAUCUGUAUCUAGCACUCUGAUAAUGUUUGAAACCGUUUUUAGUACAGUUAAAUAAUGUGCAUUGGAACCUGCAGGGUUAUUCACUGAAGUGUGAAUUGAUGGAAAGUAAAUCUCAAGUUUUUAGACUGGCUCAGCACAUUGUCAUUUCCCAAAGUGGUUUCUCCACGUGCCCUUAAUUUCAACUCUCUGUUUUAAAACAUAGAUUCAUGAACAAGUAGCACUU